AUGGCAUCUUCAGACAUUCAGGCCAAGAAGAGCCGCAAGCGCAGUGACUAUGGCUACCACCAAGUACACCAGACAAGAUGGUUCGAUAACGACAUGUACGCACACCUAAACAACACAGUCUACACCGCCCUCUUCGACACCAUCGCAAACGCCUAUCUCAUCGAGCACUGUGGCCGAAACCCCUUCAGCGUCAACAACCCCACCCCCAAAAGCACCCCAGGCCAACCAUCCAACAUCACCAUCGGCGAUGACCAAAUCGGUCUCAUCGUCUCUACGCAUUGUGACUUUUUCGCCUCGGUCGCCUUCCCGGAUGUAUUGGAUGUUGGACUGCGUGUUGCCAAGCUGGGCUCGUCGAGUGUUACGUGGGAAGUUGGGGUGUUUCGACAGGGCGAGGAUGAUGUGAAGAUGGUGGGGAAUUAUACGCAUGUUUUUGUGUUGAGGGAGACGAUGCGUGUUGGGAAGGGGGGCAUGGUGAAGGAGGUUCGGGAGGGUUUGGAGAAGUUGCUUAAUUCGCCUGGGGCGAAGUUUUGA